GGGGAGGGCAGGAGAGGGAGGAAGCGACCUCGUCACAGCGAUCCUUCCCACACCAUAACACAAAAACGCCUCCGCUAUAGAUUUCACUGAACAAUCUGAAACAGCAGGUUUUUGGAGAACGAGGUUCCAGAGGCUGGAGAGGCGCGAGCGGACCAGACCAGACCAGACCAGACCACAGCACACUGUUCAGAUUUCUCCCCGCAUUAACAUGGCGCGUUACCGGACGCUUACCUUGUCUCUCCUCUGUUUAAUGGAAUGCGGGUUCAUUUCCGCCUUCAACCUGGACACGGAGAAUGUGAUCAGGAAAAGCGGGGAGCCGAACAGCUUGUUCGGGUUCUCACUCGCCCUGCACCGGCAACUCGUUCCGACUGAUAAAAUAAUGCUGCUCGUUGGCGCUCCCAGGGCAAAGAAACUGUCCAAUCAGAAGUCACAGAUAACAGGAGGCUUGUACAACUGUGAUAUUAACUCCCUCAGCUCUGCCUGCCAGCGAGUUGAUUUCGACAAUGAUGAGAACCUGGCCCAGGAGAGCAAAGAUAACCAGUGGAUGGGUGUCACAGUGCAGAGUCAAGGACCAGGGGGCAAGAUUGUGACGUGUGCCCAUCGCUACCAGAAGAGAUUCUUUACCAACUCGCCGUCGGAGUCCCGGGACAUCACGGGCCGCUGCUACGUUCUCAGUCAGGAGUUGAAAAUCAGCGAUGAGGACGAGGGAGGAGACUCGAGCUUCUGUGCGGGCCGACCCAGGGGUCACGAGCGGUUCGGCUCCUGCCAGCAAGGCUCGUCUGUCACCUUCACCAAGGACUUCCAUUACAUAGUGUUUGGAGCACCCGGAGCCUUCAACUGGAAAGGUGUUUUACGCAUGGAGCAGAAGAACAACACGCUGUUCGAGUUGGGUUACUUUGAUGAUGGACCGUUUGAGGUCAAAUACAGCACGGUCGAAGGACUCGACGAAGUGGCCGUCCCUGCUAACAGCUAUUUAGGAUUCUCUCUUGACUCUGGUAAGAUGCUGACUAAGAAAGGUCAGUUGACCGUGGUCGCCGGAGCCCCACGAGCCAAUCACAGUGGAGCUGUGGUUCUACUGAGGAAGGAGUCAGAAACAGGUUCGACCAUGGUCACUGAGUAUAUCCUCGAAGGAGAAGGACUAGCCUCGUCUUUUGGCUAUGAACUCGCAGUGGUUGAUUUAAACGGAGAUGGAUGGCAGGAUCUUGUAGUUGGAGCACCUCAGUUCUUUGUGAGGCACGGUGACAUCGGUGGCGCUGUUUACGUCUACAUCAAUCAUAACGGAAAUUGGAACGAGGCCACCAAAACUAGAAUAGACGGACCCAAAAACUCCAUGUUUGGGCUGGCUAUUGAAAACCUGGGGGACCUUAACCUGGAUGGAUUUAAUGAUGUGGCUGUUGGGGCUCCAUAUGAUGAUGAAGGAGCAGGAAGUGUCUACAUCUAUCACGGCUCAAGCAACGGCCUCAAUAAAGAACCUGCUCAGGUGCUGAAAGGAGGAAACCUGAACAUUAAGAUGUUUGGUUAUUCCAUAGCUGGUAACAUGGAUUUAGACAACAACCAAUACCCAGACAUGGCCAUUGGAUCUCUGUCUGACACUGUGGUCGUGUACAGAGCAAGGCCAGUGGUCAACAUAGAAAAGACGGUCACCACCACUCCCAAAGAGAUAGACCUCACUAAGAAGAACUGCGGGGACAACAUUUGUGUUCAGGUUUCCACCUGUUUCAAAUUUACCUCCAACUCCAAAAACUACAGCCCUAGCCUCAGAAUCAAGUACUCCAUCCAGGUGGAGACAAAGAGGAAGAAGCAGGGUCUUCCAUCUCGUGCUGUUUUCGUCCAACCCACCUCCACCGACACUGACUAUGAGAGCACAGGAGUCAUGGAGCUUAAAAAGCAGAAUGAGCAAAAAUGCGUCACAAAAACCCUUAAACUUCAGGAUAACUUAAGGGAUAAGCUGAGAGCCUUGCCCAUAGAGGUGAACGUGGAGAUCCUGAAGCCGUCAUCAGGACGCAGGAAGAGACAGACAGCCCUCGCCGAUCUGAGUCCCGUCCUCGCUGCCAGCCGACCGAGUGUUACUGAGGUGAAUUUUGUGAAAGAGGGCUGCGGCAGUGACCUGAAGUGCCAGAGUAACCUGGAGCUGCAGUACAAAUUCUGCUCUCGAGAGCGCAACCAAGACAUCUUCAUUCCACUGCCAUUGCAAAAGGGAGUGCCAGUCAUUUCACUCAGCCACCAACAGGAGAUUGCCCUGGAGGUCACGGUGACCAAUAAGAACGGAGAUGACGCAUACGAGUCAGUUCUGACCGCAUCGUUCCCCAACUCCCUCUCUUACGCCGCAGUUCGCCCCAACAAUGUUAUCUCAUGUCAGGCCAAUCUGAACGGAUCAAAAGCUGAGUGUGAACUGGGAAAUCCUUUCAAAAGAGACUCGAAAAUAGUAUUUUACAUCGUUCUGAGCACUGGUGGGAUUUCGUUGGACACGACCGAAGUAGAAGUUACGCUAGAUCUUAAAACGACAAGUGACCAGGCACCACAGAUAGUGACAAAGAAAGCUAACGUUGUAAUUGAGCUGCUGUUGUCGCUUUCUGGUGUGGCGAAGCCAUCCCAGCUGGAGUUCUCUGGAACAGUCAUAGGAGAGAGCGCUGUGAAGUCGGAAACUGACAUCGGAAGCCAGAUUGACUAUGAAUUCAGGGUGAUCAACUUGGGAAAGCCUCUGAAGUCGUUCGGCACGGCGUUUCUGAACAUCGACUGGCCCAAGAACACAGCUACAAAGAAAUGGCUGCUGUACCUGAUGAAGAUCACUACUACGGGUACAGAUAAUGUCCACUGCAGACCAGAUGAGGUCAACAAGCUCAGGCUACCGCAGGAUCCAUCACUGUCCAGGCCCAAGCAUGACGCUAAAGAUGGAGGUGAAAGCACAGGAGGAGAUAACGGAGGAGUUUUAUCAGCCCUUUUUUCUGACGAUAGGAAAUCCAAAGUCUUGACCUGUGAUAAUGGAGCAUCGUGUGUGAAGCUAAAGUGUCCUCUUCAGGGAUUGGACAGCAACGCCGUCAUUGCACUGAGAGCCCAUCUGUGGAAUGGCACCUUCCUAGAGGACUUCUCAGACAUGAAUUAUGUCGACAUAGUUGUGAAUGCAUCACUCAGUCUGGACAAUGCCCCCAAAAAUGUUUUGCUGACAAAUAAAGAUACACUGGUACGAGUGACUGUAUUCCCAGUACGUAAGGCAGCACAAUAUGGAGGUUUACCCUGGUGGGUCAUACUGGUGGCUAUAUUACUGGGCCUGCUCCUGCUCGGCUUACUGGCCUUCCUUCUCUGGAAGUGUGGAUUUUUCAAACGUUCCAAAUACAACGACAGCGUGCCAAGUUACAACGCCGUGAGGAUUAAGAAGGAAGAGCGCCGAGAUCCACCGGGGAAAGAGCAGCCAGCCUCGGUGGGAAAGAAACAGUGGAUGACAACUUGGAACGAGAACGAGAGCUACUCCUAGCCUUAUGCUACAUCGGCUGCUAAUGCUAAUCCUGCUUUUUAAACAAACAAACAAAACACGAACAAACCAAAGACACUUUCUCUAAGACGUCGAGUGCUUCGUCUUUGCACACCCAGAACUUCUGAUUGUAAAUAUGACAGUGACAAAAUGAACAGAAAUGUAAAAUCCUGUUUUUAGGGACUACUUCAAAAACGAUAAAUGAAACCGAUAAACGAGAUAAGAACCGAGAGAUGGAUAUUUUUCAGCUUCUCUAUGCUUCGAUGAUCCUCACUGUUACCGUAUGUACUAUAGGCAUGUGCCAAUAGUCUGUUGUACGAUAUGUAUCACAGUAUUCAACACAAUCUCAUGGAAAUAUCACAAUACAUUCAAACAGGAUCAUGUUUAUCAUAGUUCUCAGAGCUUAAAAAGUUGAAUAUAUGAUGACACAUUAUUGACAUUUCUUAAUAUGCACAGAAUCCACAGACAUUAGCAAUCAAUGCUACAUGUAGUUAAAGUGUCAUUUUAGUAGUGUUGAAAUGGGUUUUUUUUAGUAAUUUUCCAACACAACUGAGGUAAAUGUUGAUAUUCCUGACAGUUUUAUCUAAUUUCCACUGUCCUUAUGCCUUUACGUUAUGUGCAUACAAGAGUUGUGGGCUACAUGCUAGCUAGAUAAACUUUAGCCUCAUUUCCAGGAGGUGCAAGCAGUCUGUUGCCUAGCAACAGUGUUCUCUCAGCUUUAACCUCUUGAACAAGCAUAACUUCUAAUAUCAAAACCACUUAAAUUCUGCUCUGUAAAGAAAGUAAUUCUGUAUUUCUGUUGAUAAAUGGGUCACUUUUUAAUAGAAUAUUCUGAUAAUAUCAUAAACAGGGAUAAAUUUGGCACAAGUAAGAACAUGCCUAGUUGUGUAUUGUUAUGUAUUAAUUGUUUUAAGAGAACUGGUAUUUAUUCUCUGGUUCUCACAAGCAAGCCAAAGAUUCUUUAAGACUUUUUUUUGUUUGUUUUUAAUGAAUACUUUUCUGGCUAGAUUUCUAACUCCUAAAUUUCUAAAGUUCUCCAUCCUUACCACCCAGUUUUACUCAGAACCAUUUGGACGAAUGUAAAUAUUUUUGUGGGGUGUUUUUUUCCCUUAACCGUUAUUUACUUCUUAAUGCUUGUUUUGUAAGAUUUUUUUUUUUAAUUAAUAUGAAUUGUGAAGAUUGGUACUGAUUUCUGUUUCACAUUAAUGCAUGUAUAGUUAAUUCUCACAGGCCAUAAUUUCAGGGUUUACCGUACAUGUACAAGGGCUGAAAUUUGCUCAUGCAAUCCGGCACUUUUUAUAGGAAAGUAUUAUGAGUUUACAUACUGUAGGUUGACUUGAAGAUGUUGAUAAUGGAAAAGGAAAGUCAGCCAUAUUUUUUGGUUACAUAAUACGUAACAAGAAGUUAUUGUUUGAAAGCAGUUGUUCUUGAGAGAGAAAAUACAAAAACCACAUCUCACAUUUAAAAACAGUAUAACUCCUGAAUCUGAUGCAAACAUAUCAUUGUCCAAUAAAACAAAAUAAAGAGGAUUUUUUUUUUUUAAAUGAUAUAUAUAUAUAUAUUUUCCAUAAUCUUUGUGUGUGUGUGUGUAUACACUUUGCUUCAGGGCUCUAACCAGGAAGUUUUUCCUCAAGUUUGCUUUUAUAUUUCUUAAAAAUGAGAGGAGGAGAGGCGAACGAGCAGUAUAAGAGGUCAUUUGCAAGAAUAUACCAUCGAUUUUGUUUGUUUAUUGAAACUGAGAUUUAUAUCAACCUCAAAAGCGUAGACAUAUCACUUUGUUACAGACCAUUUUCUUUAUUUUUCCUUGCAUAUUUUUUUUUUUUAAUUGUCCCAGAAUUUACACCCUCAACCAUGUUCAUGGUUCCCUCCUUAAUUCAUUUAAAUUCAUUUAAAAAUUAAAGCUGCAAGUAGCAUUUUCGGGGGCCAAACCCCCAGACUCUGUGAGCUACACAAUCACAGAUGCGUUACAAUUAUUGCCUAAGCAAUCACAGGAAAUCAGAGCCAUAAAUUAGGCAAAAGGAUUGUAUGUUUUGAUCACAGACAGUGGUGGAAUUCUCUGAUUGUAGGUAGAAAGGUCUAGAUGAACAGCAGGGUGGCAUUGCUGCUGCUACUGCUUUCUCCUGUGGUGUCUGUUCCUACUUUGACCUGUGGUCAUGACUGGUACUGCUCUGACCUAAACGGUUUUUCUUCUUGCAAUUUAAAACCAUCCGAGACGUUUACAUUUUUCUCAUCAGUCUGGGCCUUUUUUUUUCCCCUCUCCACUUUGUGCAAGUAUCUGCACCAAACAUCCUUUGAAAAUUUUUGUUCAAGCAGGUCUCAAGAUGAUGUGAGCCAAAUUUGGUGACGUAUUUGUCGUAUAGCUGUUGAACUCAUCUCGACCCAGGGUAUACAGGGCUGCUUGGCUUUUACAUUUUGGACUCACGGUUCAAAAGUUAUGACCAUAAACGUACUUCCAAAUUAAGCUCAAAUUUGACCCGAUGGUGGCGCUAGAGCCUUGGCAGCGCUUGGCCCAAUUUGGUCUGAAUGUUCCUUAGAUCCUUCCCAAUCAGCGUGCCAAAUUUCACAACUUUUUACCAGACGGCAUUAUGGGCUGCCAUAGACACCGUCGCCACCUUCGGUGUUUGGCCCCCUAAUAAAAAAAAACAAAAGAAACAAAAAAAAAAAAAAACA